AUGAGUAUAAUACGUAUUCAUUUUGAGGUAUGGGGGCACGUUCAAGGUGUAUAUUUUCGAAAUUAUAUAGUUGAGAAAGCAAAUUCAUUGUCAAUUGUCGGAUGGUGUAGAAAUACAUCAAGUGGUUCGGUUGAAAUAGAAGCAGAGGGAACGAAACAUAAUUUAGAUGCAUUUAAGGAAUGGUUGCAAUAUGAGGGCAGUCCCCUUAGCCGUGUAGAUAACUUAAUAGCGAAAGAAAUUAGUGUUAAGAAUAAUGAAAAGUGUAUGACUCGUCUUAAAACUUUAAAAUAA